ACCGCAGGUCGGGCCAGAGAGAUAAGGGAAUUAUUUAGCACAGUGCGAGUAAACAAAUAUAUCGUUCUGUAAACGGACUUUGGUUCCCACUUUUAGAAUGAUCAAUUCAAUCAAUGUGUGUCAAAUCUCACGAAUAACAUCUCUGGUUGCUGCGGCGUGGUCAUCAAAAUGUCCGUGCGACAGCGUCAAGCCCCUACCGUCACCUCCGAAGUGUGCACGGACCAAGUGCCCGAAUGGAAGCCCGCUCCUCGAUGGAAAAAGUCGCAACCGCUGUCCGCGGAAAUCUGGGAGUACGUCUCGUUCAUUUCGCAGUCUGUGCUUGUGACAAUACUUCUAGGUGUAAUUUUGGUCAUUCCACGGUAUUUCGUGGUGACUUUUUUUCCUGUCGCAACCGAGCCAACACUAGAAUGGUGGCAGACUUCCAUAAUCUAUCAGGUGGAGCCCAGGCUUUUCCAGGACAGUGAUGGAGACGGAGUCGGGGACUUGAAAGGUUUGACUGACCGGCUGGACUAUUUCGACUACAUCCGUGUUAAUGCCAUCCUUCUGGGUCCUGUGUAUGAACACAGUGGCAGCGGUGUGACAAGUUUUACAGAGGUUGCCCCCGCGCUAGGCACACAUCAGGACUUUAAACGUCUUAUAGAGAGUGCCCACGCCAAAGGCAAGAAAAUAAUACUGGAUUUCAUUCCAAACCACACAAGCGAUCAGCACCAGUGGUUUCAAGCGAGCAGAAAAAGCAGUCAGAAAUAUAAAGAUUUUUAUAUAUGGUCCGACGGUGUCCUACUCGAAAAUGGAAAGCGAGGCCCGCCAAGUGACUGGAAGGAUUAUUCCUGCCAUUCUGCCUGGGAGUGGGACGAAGAACGUCAACAGUUUUAUCUGCAUCAGUUUUCACGGUCACUGCCUGAUCUCAACUACCGCAACCCGGAUGUGGUGGCUGAAGUGACGGCAAGUUUGAGAUUCUGGUUAGACCAGGGAGUGGACGGAUUUAGACUCCAAGCUGUCGACAGAUUAUUCGAGCACGAAGACCUUACAGCGAAUAUAAAAAGCGAGGAUGAAAUGCAGACACCAUGUCCAAGCUGGCACCACCGUUUCCUUAGCAACAUCACCGAAUCACGGGCGGUCCUUGACCACUGGAGACAUCUGCUGGACGAAUAUGGCGAGAAAACUGGCCAAACCAAAAUACUGUUAUCGGACGCUAACUACGAGCACGCACGCAGCGUAAUGGCACUAUACAAUUCAUCCGACAUGCCCGUUAACCGCGACUUUACAAAAGUUGGGCGUUCCUGCGGUGGUCAGUGCAUCGGGCGGAUUGUGGAGAGUUGGAUGACCACUAUGCCAGUUGGCAAAUGGCCAAACUGGGUGACCAGUUACCAUGGUAACGAGAGAAUGGUAACUCGAUUGGGACGCAAUUUCGCUACUGCGAUAAAUAUGUUAGUUAUGCUCUUGCCGGGCACGCCUGUGGUGUAUUUUGGUGAUGAGUUGGGUCAGAAUAAUGCCAUUGCAGGUCCAGGAGGGAAAGAAUCCCCAAUGUUAUGGGACAUCAGCGAAAAUGCUGGAUUCACCCAGUCUAAAGAAAAAAUCGGACAUAUCCAUCCAGACAGCCAAAUGCUAAGCGUGGCAACCCAAAAGGCGGACGAUACCGGCAAAUCAGUUUUGCGGAGAUUCCGCUUUCUGGCCAAGACGCGCGAUCAGCCAUCUUUUCACCGAGGGACCUUUAAGUCACGGCUUAUCAAUAAGCACAUUUAUUCGUUCAUUCGUUCUUAUGAAAGCGAACCGAGUUACCUUGUCAUGAUCAAUUUUGGCACAGAAAAAUCGUCCAUAGAUUUCACAGAAGAAGACCUGCGGCUUCCUUCACAUGGAGUGGUCGAAGUUAACACGGGGAAUUUCGAAAAUGAUGCCUUCGCCCUAGAAACUCGUGUCGAUUUCAAAGUAAUUGAAUUGGCUCCUGCCCAGGGGUUAGUUAUACGAUUUUAUCCUGAACGACAGGACAAUUAAAAUGUAAAAAUUUACGGUACAUACAUUUGCCAGAGAAAUAUGCAUACUUUUUUCAAGUAAUGCCGUACUCUUUCACUUGCCCGAAAAAAAUAAAAUCCACGUUAAAUUGGAUACUGAGUAUCGCCUUUGGCCAUCAUAGUUCACAUAUAUAGAACGGGGGGAUAAUUGAAACAAAUCCAUCAAUCUCAAUUUUUUAUGUUGUUAGAAACUUAUUAAUUUUGAAUACGCGGAUCCCCUCUUCAAAUAAUCCUGGAUCCGCCCCUGCAGAUUAGUAAUAAGUUUGUAAUUUUUUUUUGUGAUAUUAUGGGGUAGAUUGGAAUGUGGUGGAAAUAUUUAGUCACACUUGUGGAUGAAGCCUGCAUGCAGCAUCCUUAAUAAUUUUUUUACUAUCGGAUUGUCAUCAGUUUGCAGUGUACCGCAGUAUUACAGA